GGCAUCGGAGCCUGUAACCUCCAGCAGAUCCGACCCUCGCAGUGCUCUUCGACCGCUACAGCUGCCCCAGGGUGUUUGGUCAGGGUAGUUAGACGGGGACUGAGAGUCCAGAGACCGACCUAUCCCGGAGUUUGGGUUUUGUAAACUUACGAAGAACUCCUCAAACAUUGAUAUGUCAACUGAGGAUGAUGUUGCCCAUGGUCCAAUGAAGAAGCUCAGCUCUGUGUUGUCCUCCCUGCAGGAUAAACUCCACAAGAACAAGAACGAGAGAAAAGCAGUGUCCCCCCUGCUGGGCAGUGCAUCAGCAUCUCCUGUUGCCCAAGAGAGGAAUCAAGCUGGUAUGCAUUUCUUCUUCGAGUACCUGGUGGUGGUCAGUCUGAGGAAGAAGAUGGAGGAGGAAGGCUAUGAACCCCAUGUCAACUACCAGUUUCCCAAAGCCAUGAGCAGAACCCAGAAAGAGGAAGAGGAGAAGUGUCUCAAAGCCAUCACGCUCUUCUGUUUUCCAGAGGGGAUCAGCUGGGUUCCUCUUACAGAGUAUCGCAGUGAAACAUUUUCAUUCGUCCUGACAGAGAUCGACGGCACAAGAAGGAAUGGCUACUGCAGACGGCUGCUGCCACAUGGGAAGGGAGCACGUCCCCCGGAGGCCUAUUGCAUCAUCAGCAGAGUGGCUUGUUUUGGCCUCUUCUCCAAGAUCUUUGAUGAAGUGGAGAAGCGUGGUCAGAUCUCCAAAGCAAUGAUCUACCCCUUCAUGCAGAGCCUGAGGGAGGCACCGUUUCCUGCCCCAGGGAACACUGUCAGAAUCAAGAGCUUCAUCCCAGAGUCUGGGACAGAGAUCAUCAGCCUCACGAGGCCAUUGGACUCUUGGCUCGAGCACGUGGAUUUCCACACCCUGUUCCGCUGUCUGACGGAGGAGGAGGUGCUGCAGGUGUUUGCUGCUACUGUGCUGGAAAGACGAAUCCUCUUUAUUGCUGAAGAACUCAGCACUCUGUCCCAGGUGCUGCACGCUGUUGCUGCUCUGCUUUUCCCCUUUGUCUGGCAGCACACCUUUAUCUCCAUUGUGCCUCGUGUGCUCCUUGACGUCUAUCUGGCACCCACACCUUACCUUCUGGGCGCCCAGAGCAGCCUGCUCCACUUGCUCAAUGACCACAGCGAUUUGCUGAUCGUUGAUCUCGCAGGACAAACAGAAAGUAAAUUCAUCAGCAAGAUUGGCGAUGAGGACACUUUGAUCCCAGCUAACCUGCAGGAGGAGCUGCUGCGUGAGCUCUGCAAGCGCAAACACAAUGCCACCACAGAGGAGCUUAACCUGGUGGUCUCCGAAGCCUUCCUCACCUUUUUUGUGAAGACAGUGGGCCAUUUUGCCCAUCACAUUAAAAGACCUAACAAGAUGCUGGGAACAUUCCAGAAAAAGAGCUUCCUGAAAGCCGUGGAGCCCAAAAGCAGCCAGAAUUUCGUCAAACAGUUCAUACAGACACAGAUGUUUGAUCUAUUCAUUCAGGAAGAGGAGAAGCAGCCAAACCAUGAAGGGUUUUUUCAUAAGAAGAUAGCAGAAUAUCAGGAGAAGAGGAAAAAGGAGAAAUCAAAGAGUGGCUGGAUAAAGGGAGUUGUGGUGUGAUUGUGCGCGCAUGCAUGCACACGCAUGUUUAUUUGUAUUGAUGUUCUACUGUGGAUACUUUUAAAAACAACUGUCCUGUUUGUGGGUGUGUUGUCUUGUCUGGUUACUGUGUGUAUACUGAAUGAAGCAGUAUCUGCCAUUUUAAAAAAGAAGCAUUUAUUUGUCACAUCUUCAAUUACAUUUGGAAACAUGUUAUAAACUAAAAAAAAAAAAUGCUGGGGUUGGAAUAUGGUUAAUUUGUUAAUGGCAGAAUGCUAGUCCCCCAGACAGUGUUUGUUUUUUUGUGUUCUUAUGAGGCCUAUUUUUGAUGUUGCACAACUGACUGAAAAUACACUUUAAUUCUUAUAAUAGUAAUAAAACCAGAUGGUAACCGA